AUGGCUCAAGUGCUAGUCGGCAGCUUUGUUUGGAUCGAGGACGUGGAGGAUCCGAAGGUGCAAGAAGUUGCAAAGUUCACCGUGAUGGAGAAAAAUGGGCAGGCUUCAUGGCACCUGAAAUAUAAGAGCGUGGUUAUGGGGUGGCCCAAACCCCAAGGAACGGACCCAUCCACAAGGGAUCAUAGCAAGAGAUGUGCCUUCCACAAGGAACACGAUCACACGACAGAAACAUGCAGAAGCCUCCAGUAUCUGGUCGAGAGGCUCAUCAUGGCAGGACAUCUAAAGCAAUACCUCCGCUCAAAUGCUGGAGGAAAAGUCACUUCCCAACAUCACAACCCUGGAGCCCCCAGGGCCCCAGCCGCCCCCAAGGCCGUUAUAAACUAUAUUAACGGAGGUCCAUCUGACGAGGAGUACGACUCUAGGCGAAAAAGGCAGAAGUUGUUGCGGGCCGCAUCAAUACGCGAACACAUCAAUUCCAUCCGGCCUGGGCUAACUGGAGGGGGCCCUCGCCCCAUAGAUGGGACAAUCAUUUUCCCACCAGUUGACCCCACCCGGACACUACAGCCACAUCGCGACACCCUCAUUUUGUCCCUAGAGAUAGGAGACUUCGAUGUGAGACGCAUCUUGGUUGACCCAGACAGCUUGACCAAUCUUGUAUAA